AUGGUCAGUACCCGGUCGGCUCGGGGACAACAGCGGGAAACUAAAACCAAUACCAGCAAUGCAAGGACAAAGAGGCGAGUAACAGCAAGUUCUGCUGCAGAGAAAGUAAAGGAGAAAGCACCAGAGAAAAAUAAAGAAAGUGCCCCAGUCAAAGCUCCGGAGAAAAAUGGGAAGACAGCUCCAGCGGACCCACCUUCACAAAAACCUGCUGAGAAUGCUCCGGAGAAAAAUGGAAAACCCGUCUCAGUGAACUCAAAAGAAGACCUGCCAGCGACAUUUUCACAUGCAGAGUUAGUUCUAGAAAAGGAAACGGAAGAAGCUCUUGCAAACGCUCCAUUCAUUGGUCCACUGAACAGGCCACCGCGAUACGCAAGGAUGAGACAGAAGUUUAGAGAGGAAGAACAGCGGGAGAAAGAGAGGCUUGCUCGAGUACGGAGAAAACCACCGCCACCCAAAAUUCCACCAAGACCGCUUUCUUACUAUAUAGAUAUGGAAAAAAGGAAUCCUCGUCCUCGCUCUCCAAGAGAUUCCUCCUCCUCCUCUCCGGAAAUUCCUCGAAAAAAGCAUACAAAGGAAGAAAUUGAAGCAGCAAAAGCAAGGCUUGCUGCAAAUUAUCCUCCUCGACCAAAAACACCUCCGGAAAUUACAAGAGUUUACGAUGGUAUGAAACACACUAUCAACACAUAUCUUACUGAACCAGGACCUCGUGCAUUACCACUGCCAAUUCUUUUGAAUGAACCUAUAAACCCAAUAUUUCCGAAAACGCCAACUCCUCCACCUCAACCAAAGAAAAAGUCCAAAACGCCACUGUGGGUUGUCACUUUGAGCAGUGAUAGUGAGCAUACACCACCGCCGCCGCCACCUCCACCGCCACCAAGAAAAAAAGUUGCUCCACGACCAGCGCCGCCACCACCUCCACCUCCACCGCCGCCGCCGCCUCCGCCACAAGCGUCUCCCAAAAGGCAGAAACUGAAGACACCGGAGUUACGACGGGAUUCUAAAAGUUCAAGAUGGAGGAAACCAGGGCCUGCACGGUCUCCCAGAAAUAACAAACUGAAUAGUCCGAGGUCACAUGUGAAACCAAGAAGAGAGGUGGUCAAGGAACAAAACGCGCCAGCUUCAUCAAAAAGGACAGAGCAACACGAAAAACGGAAACGACAACGUUCGUCUUCAUCAAUUGAAGUAAUCAAAAUCGUCAAGCACCAAGCGACACAGUCUUCCUACACGAGAACUCCAAUACCACUUCUUUAUGCGGCCAACAACUCGACUAAGGAUUCUGGAUAUACUCGUCGAGGUGGUUCGGUGGGUAUUGUUACUAAAAUUCGGGCCACCUCCAAAGUGGCCGUGCCAACGACGACGGUGGACCCAUCCACGUCAUCCUCAUUUGCAUUCCCAUCUCCAUCCGUCUCACCGUACUGUCUCACCGCGUGCUCUUCACCAAAUCCACCAUCAUCUCGUGAACCUUCAACUACUACCAGUUCAUCCGCCUACCAACAUCUCUUAUCACCUUUAGCCUCACGUCGUCACUAUAUCUCGCAUCGAUUACCUCAGCGAGCUGUACUUUCGAACGCGCCACCAAUCCAGUCAGCUGCUAUUGUCUUCAAGACAACAGAAAGCACUAGCCACCCACUACCACCGAUAUUAGUCGUAGAUCCUCCUCAAGAAAUGCCUGUUCCUUAUCAUCAAAAAGUGGCAAGCAGUGGUGGCGGCGGUGCCAUUCCAGCUACCAACUCUUUGGCACUCCGUCGAUUACCACUUGUUGUGAUUCCUCGUAAACGGAAAUACAAGAAUUACGUGUCACGUCGUCGGAAUACUCAACUUCUCGCCAGCUUACGUAGAUGUGUCUCUGAUCCGAAUAUCUACAAAAGUUAUAACCACUGGAAAGGGCUAUCCAGGCCGAUGUCACCCAUAAAAUCCGGAGCUCCUACUCCGAAAACUGUGACUCCUUUGCCAGUACCUCCUGCAGUGCCAGCUCACAAGAAGCUUACCCCCAACCCUGCGCCCACUCAGAAUCCGGUCAAAUUACCAUCCCCUCAUGCCGUUUCUGAAAAACCUGAAAAGUCAGAAAAACUGGGCAAAUCUGGAAUUCUAGAAAAGCCAGAAAAACCAAAAGCUGCUGUUCUCCCAACUGCUUUACCUGCCAAAGCUCCAUUAUCCAAGCCAACUGCAUCGAAGGCUCCAGUGGCUACUGUAGCACCAUUGGCCGAGCCGGAAGCUCAGAGCUCUUCAAGCAACAAUCAAGUUCCUGCUCCAUCUCCGAUUUCCAAGCAAGUCUCUGGUAAACUGACGGAACUCAAGAGUAAGAAUGGUCCACCAACUGAGAAAACUGUGCUGAGGAUUCCUUCUGCUGCUUCUACAAGGGCAAAACUGGCUGCUACUGAAAAUCAAGCACCAACUUCAACAAGUAAACCUUCUCCAUUUGCUCCAGCUAUUGCUCCGUUACGUGAUGGCGUCCAACCACCGACGCCAAGUGCUGCACCACCCAGGCCGCCACCAGUAAAACAGAAUUCUGUACAGAAGCCUCCAGAGCCGAAACGAUCCGUUGGUGCCCCGCCGAAAACUUUGCCGUCUGAGGGUGUACAUAAAAUUGAUGGCAUAGAAUUUUUGGCGAAGGAUUCAGAUGAUGGUCAGCUGCCAACCACGUCUUCUGGUGGUCCAAAAGCUCUCCGAAGAGCGUAUGGCUCGAAAUCUGGUACCACGAUAUGUGCAAUUGGUAGUCCGAAUGUUCCGUCCACCAGCAAUGCGGCUCCUCCACCACAGGAAGAUGAGAAGAGGCUGAUAGAGAAGAAAUUGUCACUUCGAAAGAAGAAACUGGCUGGAGAAGGUAUUCCAGGAGGAUCAAUGCUAACCGGGUCGAAGUCAGGAGUGGAAAUUGGGUUGAGUAUAAACAACAAUAAUAAUAAAGAGCAAACCGAUGAGCAGAGAGCGAAGAAAACGGUGAACGCGGUGGCUGCAGCGUUUUCCACUCAAGGCGGAUCUAGUCAGGGUCAAGGUCCUGGAGCAGGAACAGUCACCGACGAGAAUACGACAACUGCAACGAUAACUCCAAAAGAAAGUCCAUCAAGUGCGGCAAAGCCAAAAUCUGCAGCAGUGCAAAGUUUGAUCUCCCAACUACAGUUACCCGCUUCUGUAUCGGCGAAAGUUGAUAAAAUCAUUGCUUGUGGGGAUAAGGCGCGGAAACCGUCUAGAGCUGGUUUACAGGCUCCCCAUCCACACCGAAACCCAGCAGUAGCAGAGACGAAUCCAUCAAAAGAACGACUGGCAGACGAUAAGGAUGGUCACUUGAUCUAUGCAAAAGGAGACUUCAUUCUUAAUCGAUUUACAAUUUAUGAAACACUCGGAGAAGGUACCUUUGGUAAAGUUGUGCGUGUGGUGGAUUCGUUGACGGAUACGUUCAUGGCUCUGAAAAUAAUCAAGAACGUGAGCAAGUAUCGGGAAGCUGCGAAGUUGGAGGUGAAAGUGCUGCAGAAGUUGGCUGAAAGAGAUCCGGAGAAGAAACACUGGGUCAUUCACAUGGGUGCCUACUUCGACUAUCACGGCCAUAUCUGCUUGUUGUUCGACUUGAUGGGACCAUCGAUUUUCGAUUUCUUGAAAGCCAACCACUACAGGCCGUACCCAAUGGAACAAACAAUGCACAUCGGUUGGCAACUCAUCAACGCUGUCAAAUUCUUACACGACAACAAACUGACGCAUACCGACUUGAAGCCGGAGAACAUUUUGUUCGUUGAUAGUCGCUACACCACAAAAAUAGUCGAUAAGAAGCCAAUGCGUGUACUCCAACAUACUCACGUCCGACUAAUCGAUUUCGGCUCGGCGACAUUUGAUCAUGAGCAUCAUUCGACUAUUGUGUCAACACGUCACUACAGAGCUCCGGAAGUGAUACUCGAGCUCGGAUGGGCACAACCGUGCGACGUCUGGUCAAUUGGAUGUAUUCUCUAUGAGCUCUACACUGGUGGCACUCUCUUCCAAACACAUGAAAACCGUGAGCACUUGGCGAUGAUGGAACGUGUGCUGGGUGAUGUCCCGGCACGAAUGGCCAAAAAGACAAAAACCAAAUUCUUCGUGAACGGCCGCUUGGACUGGGUUAGCUCCUCUCCUGACGCAGCGUACGUUCGCGACAACUGCAAACCGUUGAGAAGAGCAUUAACGUGCACCGAACCGGAGCAUGUUGAACUCUUCGAGAUCAUCGAAGCCAUGCUGAAUUACGAGCCGACAGGAAGAAUGCGGCUGAGUGAAGCAUUGGAGCACAGAUACUUCACUCGAUUACCAGAUAGAUUGAAAGUUGCAACACCAGUCGAGCCUGCAGCAUCUGCAUCUGAGCAACUGGCGAUGAUCGCCACCAGAGCCUUACCCACCUAA